GUGUGUGUGUGUGUGAGAGAGAAGGUGCAGGGUUGGCUGAGCAGCUUUCCUGCCAACAUCGGUAGGGAGGUGCUGGUCUUCAUGUGGCGAGCCUUCAAGAGACAAUAAGAGAAAGUAAAAGCUGUCGUGUCUCCUAGAGCCUCAGGAUGGCGGCGUAUUACACUCCGUUUCCACAGAAUAGCCAGAUUCCUGAUCAGGGGUUUCUCUGGAAUGUCUUUCAGAGAGUGGACAAGGACAACAGUGGCUCCAUAUCCGCAUCAGAGCUGCAGCAAGCUUUGUCCAACGGCACCUGGACGCCUUUCAAUCCUGCAGCAGUGCAGUCAAUCAUAUCCAUGUUUGACAAGGACAAGAAAGGAGGCGUGAACUUCAGUGAGUUUGCAGGUGUGUGGAAGUACAUCAACGACUGGCAGAACAUCUUCCGCACGUAUGACAGAGACAACUCCGGCAGAAUCGACAGGAAUGAGCUCAAACAGGCCCUUACCGUGUUUGGGUACCGACUCUCCGAGCAGUUCUACAGCACCCUCAUCCACAAGUUCGACAGGCAGCAAACGGGACAAAUGGCUUUUGAUGACUUCAUCCAGUGUUGUAUUGCUCUACAGAGGCUCACAGAGCUGUUCCGGAGGUACGACACGGACCAGGACGGCUGGCUUCAUCUCUCCUACGAACAGUACCUUUCGAUGCUCUUGAACGUGGUGUAGCGAGCAGGU